AAACAAUCUUGUCAGAUAAUAUGUGAUAGUAAGCAUAUGAUUUUAUGUUAUAACAAUAAUCAACAUGAAAGCUGGAUCUUCCAAUUCCCAAUCCUAAAUCCGUUAAGACACGCACCUCCUCUUCUUUCUCCCCUUUCUAAUCAUAUGAACGAUUUCAUCACAUCUUCAAUACCCCAAUCACACUCCAAUUCCAAUCAGAUCUAGGGUUUCGACGCAGAUCGCUCCACAAGAUGCAAUUCAAAUCAACGCAAUCCUCAUUUCGAGAUCGCACACAUGAAUUCCACACCGUUGCAGAGAGGUUGAAGAAAUCACUACCAUCAACCUCAAAUGGAGCCACCAGUAGUACUCAUCCACCUUCUUCAUCUUCUCCUCCGUCUUCCUCUUCUUCUUCCAGAUCCGACGAUCCUCGAUCCGCCGUUGCGAUUCAAUCAGAGUUUAAUCGAAGAGCUUCCAAGAUUGGAUAUGGAAUUCAUCAAACCUCGCAGAAACUUUCCAAGCUCGCAAAAUUGGCGAAAAGGACUUCGGUUUUUGAUGAUCCAACCAUGGAAAUUCAAGAACUAACAAGUGUUAUUAAACAAGAUAUUACCGCACUUAACUCUGCGGUUGUGGAUCUUCAAUUGGUCAGUAACUCUAGAAAUGAGAGUGGAAAUGUUUCUACCGACACAACUAGUCAUUCCACUACGGUUGUGGAUGAUUUAAAGACUCGAUUGAUGAGCACCACGAAAGAGUUUAAAGAUGUUCUCACCAUGAGAACUGAGAACUUGAAAACGCAUGAGAGUAGAAGACAAUUGUUUUCGUCGAAUGCUUCUAAGGAUUCUGCAAAUCCUUUCAUUCGUCAACGUCCUUUAGCUACAAAGUCUGCUGCUAGUACUUCUAAUGCUCCUGCACCUCCAUGGGCUAGUGGGAAGCAGGUGGAUGGGGAGAGUCAACCAUUGCUGCAACAACAACAGCAGCAACAACAACAGGUAGUUCCAUUGCAGGACACUUACAUGCAAAGCAGAGCUGAAGCUCUUCAAAAUGUCGAGUCCACUAUUCACGAGCUCGGCAGCAUCUUUAAUCAACUAGCAACACUUGUCUCCCAGCAAGGAGAGAUUGCCAUCAGGAUUGAUGAGAACAUGGAUGAUACGUUGACAAAUGUAGAGGGGGCACAAGGUGCUUUGUUGAAGUAUCUGAAUAGCAUAUCUUCUAAUAGGUGGCUGAUGAUCAAGAUUUUCUUUGUCUUGAUGUUUUUUCUUAUGGUUUUCUUAUUUUUUGUGGCGUAGUCGCUGCAGAGACAGAAAAUUGACCAAAAAACACGACGUUCUUAGUGGUGAUAAGCCAUUUGUAUUCCAUUACUAUUUCUCUGUUUCUCUAAAUAUAUAUUCAUUAUGACAGAGUUUAGCUUUGGACCAACUUUGUCAAAUUUUAUACAUGUACCUAUUGAUGCAUAUAACGAGGCUAAGUAUUGUGUGCA